AUGAUAAAAGCAUAUCGAUUUGGUUUAUCCGUUGAAGACGACGCUGAUGAUUCGGAUGUUAGUCUUCUUGAUGAUGAUGAUCCAGAUGGAUUAUCAAUUACCACAAACACAUCUUUACAAGUUGCUGAUGAAGAUAAUGAUUUAACCAAUUUCACAAUUAUUGAUAUUCAACACAAUACACACAAUUUUGAUGAUGAUGAUGAUAAAAGUUCUUCAGCAUUACGUUUAUCAUGCUUUGCACACACUUUACAAUUAUCUAUACGAGAUGGACUUAAAAAGGCUUCUCAUGUGCCCAAGGUACUUGCUAAAUGUCAAGCCUUGGCUAAAUUUUCACAUAAAUCAACAAAAAUUGCUGAUAUGCUCGAUCAAUUGAAUAAACACAUCAAUAAAUCAAACGUUACCAGAUGGAAUAGCGAGUAUUUAUUGAUUAAAUCAAUUUUAUCUCUUGGUAAAAUCGAUGCUGAUGCUAUAACGUCUUUAAUGGACAAUCUAGUGAAGUUUUCUAAUAAUGAUUUUAUUAUAUUAGAAGAAAUAGUUAUCAUCCUCGAUCCAUUUUAUGAAAUAUCAAUAAAAUGCCAAGCAGAAGCUGUCGUUACUGCAAGUUUGGUUGUACCUUCUGUUCUGCAUUUAAUAAAUCAUCUCCGUGAUAUUAAACGGGAUGUUAAAUUUUGUAGCAGAUUGGUACAACAAUCACAAUCAUCUCUUGAAAAGAGAUUUUGUAGUAUUAUGGAUCGAUUAAAUCAAGCUGAUGUUAUCGAUGAUGAGCAUUAUGGUGAUCCGUUGUACUUCAUGGCCGCAGUCCUUGAUCCUGCAUUUAAAUUCUUCUGGGUUCGUGAUCUACAAUUGUCCGUUCAAAUGGAAAAUCGAUUAAAACAACAUAUUAUUCAGUUAAUUGUUGAUGAAAUGAAUAAAGAACCAAUUCUAUCAUCAGGACAUUUUGAUAGAAUCAGUCCUGCAAGAACAUCAGCAGGUUCUACGUCGACACCUAAAGCCAAACGCCGAAAAUUGUUUGAUUACGAUGAUGUUAAUAGUGCUGAUUUAAAUGAGUCGAAUGCACUUGAUCCUGUCGUUGAAUUGGAUGCUUAUUUGAAUGAUCCUGUACGAUUACCAUUUUCGGAUUAUUGGCAUCGUUCGCAACUAAGUAUUUUGAAACGAUUAAUUACUCGUAUAUUUUCGGUGCAAGCGUCCUCCGCUCCUAUCGAGCGUGUGUUUUCUCAUGUCGGACUUAUACUGACGCCCAAGAGAAUAAAUAUGAAUGAGCAGAUGUUACGUGAUCGUGCAUUUUUACGUGUUAAUCAAAAUUUAUUAUGA